AUGAAACAAUUAUGGGAUGAAGGCAUUGCGACAUAUGAUGCACACAGUGAGGAAAACUUUAACUUACGUGCAUCAAUCUUGUGGACUAUCAGUGACUUUCUGAAUUAUGCUUACCUGUCUGGAUGGUCAACCAAAGGACACAUGACAUGUCCUUGUUGUCUUAAAGAAACUGCUUCUUGUUAUCGUAAAGGUGCUCGAAAAAUCUGUUAUAUGGGUCAUUGUAGGUUUUUGCCUCGAACUCAUAAAUGGCGCCAGAGAAGUGAGUUAUUCGAUCGUACUAAGGAGAAAAGAAAUGGUCCAAAUCCUUUGAGUGGUGAAGAAGUAUUAGGGGAGAUCUCUUUGUUUGUGUUGGGUUUUAUAGAUGUUAUGCAUAUUGAAAAAGAUAUAUGCGAUAACAUAUUGGGUACAUUGAUGGAGCAUAAGGAUAAGAACAAAGAUAAUGAGAACUCUCGCUAUGACUUGUUGAAAAUGGGCAUAAGGCCAAAACUUCAUCUGAGAAUUGAUGGUGCAACUUCACCGGAUGAGUAUUUAUCAAAUAUUUUGCGAUGUGUUAAUAAGAAGGAAUGGAAAAUUACAUCCAUGAAAAGUCAUGAUUGCCAGACCAUUGAUUUAGAAAGCAUCGGCAAAUUACAGGUUCAGAUUAUAAACAUUUUGUGCAAACUUGAGAUGAUUUUCCCACCUGUAUUUUUUGAUGUUAUGGUUCAUUUAGCUGUACAUCUGCCAAUGGAAGCCAAACUUGGCUGUCUAGUACUUGCGCAUUUUAAAAUUGUAUGUUCGCAAAUGGCACGUCCUGAAGGUUCAAUUACAGCAGACUAUCUAGUUAACGAGUGCCUAACAUUCUGUUCUAGAUACUUGGUUGGUGUUGACAUUAAACAUAACCGAAUGCCUCGUAAUUACGAUAGUGAUAAUUCUCCUUCCGAGAAGGUAGGUUUAGAGAUUUUUAAAGAGGUUGGUCGAGGUUUUGGAAAAUCUAAUCACCAUCGACUUACUCUAUCAGAGACUGCUCAAUGCCAUUCAUAUGUUUUAUACAAUUGUGAUGAAGUACUGUCAUUCAUUGUGCAACGUAAGAGUGAGUUAGCUGCUUCCCCUUCAACAAUUAUUAGGACAUACAAUGGAUAUAUUAAUAAUGGCUUCAGGUUUCAUACUCGUGAUUGUGAAGUUAUUAGAAAAAGCCAAAAUAGUGGUGUUAUGGUGCGAGGGGAUGAUGUUUCCUCCAAUUAA